GGAAAAAGGGGAAAGAAACGCAAGGCAAGCAGAAAAUCGAAAACCACAACAUUAUUCAUCGUCGUUUUAUUAUAAUGAGUAGACGAUUCUAGUUCUAGGGUUAGGGUUUUGAUUUUCCCCCAAAUUUGAUCGAAGUUGCUAAGUGAGAGAAAAAGAGUGAGAUCAAAGAUGUGGCACGAAGCGCGGAGGUCGGAGAAGAAGGUGCACGACAUGAUGGAUGCGGCAAGGAAGAGAGCGCAGAGAAGAGCUCUGUUUCUUGCCAAAAGACGCGGUGACCCUCAGCAGUCUAUUCAAGUUAUCGGCACUCGUUGCCGCACUUAUCGCGAUGAUGGCCUUUACCAAGCCGCACAAGAUCAACAGGGCUUGAUUCCUUGGAAUGGCAAAGAGGAUAUCAUGAUUGACAGAUUUGAUGGGCGUGCUCUUCUUGAUUUUAUCCGGGAUCCGGAUACUCGUCGACUUCGCCAACAAGAGAAGACUGAAGAAGAAGAAGAACUAGAAGAGUUUGUAAAUUUUGAGCGUUAUCGGGAUUUAAUUAAGCAUCGACGUAGAGGAUUUACAGAUGAAGAGGGUUUGGAUCAUGUCAAUCAAGUAAUCGAAGCAAAAUUUACCUUGCCAUUUGCAUUUGACAGAUCAAACCUCUCUCAAACUCCUGCGAGCAAGGGUACUUAUUCUCAGGUGGGUUUCUCAUACGAUGGGGAUGGAAAAGAGGAGGCUCAUUCUUCAGAUGAUGAUGAUGAGGAGGAUGAAGAUGAUGAAGAUGACGAUGAGGAAUUCAACAGUGAUGAUAGUGAUGAUGAACGAAUGGAAACCAUAGCCAAGGAUUUUGGGGUGAAAAGAUAUGGUUGGCUUGUGUACAUGGAUAAGAAGGCAAAAGAAGAGGCUAAGAGACAAAAAGAAGUGAUAAAGGGAGAUCCAGCAAUUAGGAAAUUGAGCCGCAAGGAGAGAAGGAAGGCGUCUCAGAUAGAAAGAGAGAAAGAAAGGGAGGCUGCUCGUGUUACAGGAACUCGUGUUCUUUAUCACGACCCUUACCGAGAGUCAAGGCGAAGUCCCACAUAUGAUGCUUAUCCUCGUUCUAGAAGAUCAAGAUCACGGUCAUAUUCCCCAUCCUAUUCUAGGCGGCAUGCUCGUGGACAUUCAGAUGACCAUCAUCGGAGCAAGUCUAAGGCGCCUAAAAUAGAAUUCAUCACCGAGUUUGGGGGUUCUCCUGACAGAGGGGAGCCAAAGCUAGAAGGAGUCUCUCCACCACCGUCUCCUCGUCAAGCUGAUGUGUCAAACCGGACGUCAUCAGUUCGUAUACUGGAGGCUCUACAUAUUGAUCCUGCUUCUGGUGCAUCUCUUGAUAAAGAAAAGAACACUAAAGUGGUAAAGCCCCCAGCAAGUACAUCUUCGGCUUUAGCCAAAUUGAAGGGAGCCACACCAUCAAAGCAACCACCGAGUGUAAAGAAGGAAACCCCUCAGGAGAGGCUUAAAAGGAUCAUGAGCAAACAACUGAAUAAACAAAUAAAAAAGGAUGCUGUUGUAGAGAUGGCUAAGAAAAAAGAGCAAGAGAAACAGAGGCUGGAAAAGCUGGCAGAGACGAGUCGUUUGAGUCGAUAUAGACGGAGAAGCCGUAGUAGGAGUUACAGUCGUUCCCCACGGAGACGACACAGGUACAGCAGAAGUCCAAGUAGAGGAAGGAGUUCAAGAAGGUACCAUUCACGCUCCCAUUCACGUUCUCUCUCGCCCUCCCGAUCUCAUUCUCGUUCGCAGUCUCCCUCACGCUCACCAAGGCGUAGAAGUCGGUCCAGGUACUGAUGUAGAUGAAUCAAUCUCAGAGGUCAAUUUAUGUGAUGCAUAUGAAUAAUACUUGUAUGUUGGUAAUAUAUCUCCUAGACUAGAGUAUAGGUUAUAUUCCUGUUGUUGGUUGUGGCCUGUGGGGGAACCAAAACAGCUUUUUAAGAACAUGAUAUGCAGAGAACACUGAGUUUUUGGUCAAGUAAGUUUCUGAGUAUGUACCGGAGAAUUGCUAGAAAAGACAGUUGAUUCCGAAACACCUGUAAAUUGGUGCAUGGAUUCAGAUUUUGCUUCUCCCUUGGUUUUUUGGAAUAUACUGUACUCUGUUCUUUUAUAAGAAAAGAAAAGUAAAUUCCAAAGUACUUGUAACUGUUUUUUCUAAUUUUUUUUUAUAGUACUGGAAUUGCCAUUGA